GAGGCAGUAGGCUUGAGCUUCCACCCGAUUUCAACUUUCACACGGCGACACGCCCCCCUUCAUCCUUCAUCUUCACGAGUCGAAGCCCUCUACUCAGACCAGUUGACCAGACGAAGAUGAACCCGCGAGCCGCGACCCCGGGCCCUCGACUGCGACCUCGACUCGACCCCGCGACCCUCGAGCCCUCGAUCCUCGAGCCGUCGACCUCGAGGUCUCUACUUCUCUUCGUUGACUUGGCCGUGGAUGAGUACGACGACGAAGACAUCUCCAGCGACCUCUCCGACGACGGAGCUGAGCCAAGCGAUGAUGAAGCCGAGAUGUCCGUGGAAUCGGAGGUCAGGGCAGGUGGGCGCGCUGUGUUGGAGAAGUUGAAGGUCCAGAGAGUCGAGAAGCUCUGCAGCGAAGUCAGAGAGUUCGGAGCUGAGCUGAUCGAUGUGGAUGAGCUUGCUUCGAUCUACGACUUUCGCAUUGACAAAUUUCAGCGAUUGGCAAUCGAAGCAUUUCUCAGAGGCUCCUCCGUUGUGGUUUCUGCGCCCACGAGCAGCGGAAAGACUCUGAUUGCAGAAGCCGCAGCAGUCGCCACCGUAGCGAGAGGAAGACGGUUGUUCUAUACAACUCCACUUAAGGCACUAUCUAAUCAGAAAUUUCGCGAACUUCGGGAAACUUUUGGAGAUAAGUACGUUGGCCUUCUAACUGGGGAGAGUGCCGUCAACAAGGAUGCUCAAGUUGUUGUAAUGACAACCGAAAUAUAAUUUGAUGUAAUUUGUAUCUGAUGGAUCGUGUUUUUCUCGUUUCUGUAGGAAAACAUUAUGAUAUAUGGAGACUUGUGUCUUUGAUGGAGGAUUACAAGUCAGAAAUUGAGAACUGAGACUUGUCUUUGAUGGAGGAGACUUGUGUUUGGCUUUCAAUAUAAUUUGGAUGAAUGUUUGAAAUUUUGUUGAUUGAGAAUUGAGACUUGUCUUUGAUGGAGGAGAUUUGUGUUUGGCUUUCAGUAUAAUUUGGAUGAGUAUAAUUGAGAACUGGGACUUGUCUUUGAUGGAUGAGACUUGUGUUUGGCUUUCAGUAUAA